CGCUAACGGGCCCACUCACAGCGCAGUAGACGCCCGCUGUGUGCCCGCGGCAUGACGAAAGGUACGAAGUACAUGCGGGGCGCCGCCUGCCUCGUGAUAGUUAUCUUGGUGUCAGGGCUUCACACAUGAUAUCUCCCCCGUCCUCGGCGCUACUUCGUACUGUCAGGACGAUUGCCGUGCCGCAGUGGUCAUGGACUCCAGGCGUUACGCGUUUCCUAUGCCAAUCCACCGACGAUAAACUUUCAUUGAUACUGUAUCUAGCUCCCGCACCCUGCAUGGGUCCGCGAACAAGUUUUAUAUCGGCUCCACCUGCUCUCCCUUAUCCCCAAGCCAUUGCUAUUGCUCCCGUGUACCCGUCUGUGUGAGAGACUGACCUUCGCUCGCCAUGGACAUCAAGGGCAAGAAGCCGUCCACAUGGGACCAGUACGACGGCGUGCGCGGUGCGUCGGUCGGCUCGCAGGGCAGUCGCGUGCAGUGGGACGGGCUCGAACGGCGGCCCAGCGAACAGAGCGCAUCGAACACAGGCACGUCUUCGGCCGUCAAUGGAACUCUGCGGAGGCGGAGAUCCUCGGUAUCGCAGCAAUUGCAGGCGCUGGGCGAUGCAGGCGGCGUCAACAGUAUCAACAACUUCGCCCGCUCGUGGCAGCGUGCAGCAGGCUUCUUCGAGAUCACCCCCGUGCGCCCAAGUUUCCGCGUCGAGAGUGACGACGACGAAGAGACACCCACCGCCGACUUUCCGCGCGCAGGAUUCGUCCCGAGCACCCUCGCAGAGCACCGAUCCGCUCUUCGCAAUGCGCUGCAAUCACAAGGAAGGCGCACGUCUGACCAGGGAACUGCCGUCGAGGACGAAGAGGCCGGCGCCGACGAGCACACCCGCCUUCUGCCGAGGGACUCACAACAGCGACUGAGAGACCGUGGCGACAGUAUCUUCAACAUUGAGCCCUCGCUUUCCUCGCCCUUCGGCGGAAGCUAUGGCACAGCCUACGGCAGCUUGUCCGCACGCGUCAACGAGUCUUCGAUGCGCCAUGCUGGACGCCUGUUCACCGAGCAGCAGCUGAAGGGCGUGCAGGAACCAGAGCAAGAACGAGAGCCGCUGCUCGUCAAGCAGGUCGAAGAGGACGGACAGAUCAUCAACGUUGUAGUUGGGCAAUCGACACUUCCACAGACCAUCUUCAACUCUGUCAACGUUCUGGUUGGUGUGGGGCUGCUAACGCUGCCCCUCGCUCUAAGAUACUCUGGAUGGGUGAUUGGCAUGAUCUUUCUCGCAUGGUCUGCCGUGGUGACUUCGUAUACCGCGAAGCUCCUUGCCAAGUGUCUGGAUGUCGACAACUCCCUCAUCACCUUCGCCGACCUGGCUUACGUUUCUUUCGGUAACAAGGCUCGCAUCGCUGUUAGCAUUUUGUUCUCUCUCGAACUCCUGGCAGCAUGUGUUGCCCUUGUGGUGCUCUUCGCUGACAGCAUGGACGCCUUGAUUUCUGGGUAUGGCGUUCUUACCUGGAAGAUCGUCUGUGGUGUCAUUCUGGUUCCACUGAGCUUCCUUCCUCUGCGCCUGCUGUCCUUUACAUCCAUUCUGGGUGUCAUGGCUUGCUUUGGUAUUACACUCGCUGUGUGGGCAGACGGUCUCCUCAAAGCUGACGCUCCUGGUUCCAUCCGUCAGCCCAUGACCCAGUACCUGUUUCCCGAGAAUUGGAUGACGAUUCCGCUCUCGUUAGGUCUUCUCAUGUCUCCUUGGGGUGGUCACUCUGUGUUUCCCAACAUCUACAGAGAUAUGCGACAUCCAUACAAGUACCGCCGCGGCGUUGACAUUACCUACAUCUUUACCUACCUGAUCGAUGUCGGUAUGGCUUGCGCCGGCAUCCUCAUGUUUGGUGAUGGAGUCAGUGAGGAGGUUACGAAUAACAUAUUCUGGACGGCAGGCUACCCUCCAAGUCUCUCUGUCUUCAUCGCGAUUUGCAUCGCCAUUAUCCCGCUCACCAAGGUCCCGCUGAACGCCCGUCCCAUCGUAUCCACUCUCGAAGUCCUCUUCGGUCUCGACUCCCGAGCAAUGGCCAUGUCAUCCUCCAUGAACGGCAUGUCAGGUCUCAACCGGGGGCUGUUCAAGGUCACAUUGAAGGUCGUGACCAUCGCUGCCUUUGUGGUUAUUGCCAUCGUCUUCCCGUCUUUCGACCGCAUCAUGGCACUACUUGGUAGUGUCGCUUGCUUCUCCAUCUGCAUUAUCUUGCCUGUCGCAUUCCACCUGAAGCUCUUCGGCAAGGAUAUUGGAGGCGGUGAAAAGGCCCUGAAUUGGGCUUUGAUCAUUUUCAGCUCUAUCUUGGCUGUCAUUAGCACAGGCUUUGCCUGUGUGCCCAAGGAGCUGAUCGGUGCUUGAUGCAUCGACCACUUGUACGGGAGCGAGGCUUCCACUUGUUAAUUAGUAUUAUUGUCGUUGUACUUCUAUGUCUGUCAUUUGGAGU